AUGUCCGCCGAGCAGUUCGUCGGUCGCUGGAAGCUCGUCCACUCGGACAACUUUGAGGAGUACAUGAAGGAGGUCGGCGUGGGACUUUUAACGAGAAAAGCGGCGGCGAAUGUGAAGCCGACUCUGGAGAUCAAAGUCGACGGCGACAAAUGGCACGUCAACCAGCUGAGCACCUUCAAGAACACCACGUUGACGUUCACGCUAGGAGUGGUGAGUGUUCUGAGGCUUAGUAGAAUACGUUACUCUUCCCCAACGUUAGAUGUGUCAAACAGUGUUGAGCGGAAUUCCGUCUUCCGUCUUCCGUCUUCCGAGAUUUUUUCUUCUUACCGUAAAAGAGUAAUAGCUUUUCAGAAGAAGCCAUUUACAAGCCCCGAAGAACGCGAAUUUCCACGGGCAACGACCCAGAUCCAACAUUUUUGUUGUUUAGUUAUUUUUUUCAAAAAAAAAACCGGAGAAAAAGGUGCUACAUUGACGAUUUUUUUGUUCCGUCUUCCGUCUUCCGUCUUCCGGAUUUCAAAAUUCCAUUUCCGCUCAACUCUGGUCUACACAAGUUUGAGUAAACGAAACGUUCCGCUAUUGUCCAUUUCUUGAUCUUCGUCAUAAUGUGACGCCUUUCUCUUUAUGCUCUUUUCCGAAACACUGAUAGGCGAAAAGAGUGACACGUGGUGUAAAGUGUGUAUUUGAAAGGGGAGGAAGAAAGAACGAGUGAACUUUGUUCCCUGUUUUUUUGACCGCGCAAAAAGUACUUUGAAACCCCCCCAAAAGCGACAAUAGAAGGGCACCCGAAUACUGUUCAUUCAAGAGUUGAACCUUUAUUAAAAGCUCCACAUACCGCUGACAGAUAUACCCACAAUCAUUUCAGGAGUUUGACGAAACGACGCCGGACGGCCGUCACUUCAAGUCGACGAUUACGGUGGAGAACGGAAAAGUGGUGCACGUGCAGAAGAGGAUCAAGGCGGACGACAAGGAUUCGGUGAUCACCCGCUGGCUGGAAGGCGACCGACUCAUCACGACGCUCCAGUCCGGAGACGUUGUUUCCCGACGCGAAUACGUCCGCGAGUGA